UUGGUCUUUACGGCUCUCCGUCCUACGUCACUGAAUGUUGACGUGUGGAUAACCUGUCUCGUUAGCAGCACAGUUGUUUCUUGGUGGAUAGUUGAUUAAAGUACAAGACAACUGACUGUAAUUAUAAACGUAUAAAGAGCAACAAUGGCGGCGGACUGGGAGGAGAUUCGUCGUCUUGCUGCAGACUUUCAGAGAGCGCAGUUUACUGACACAAUUCAGAGGCUGUCUGAGAGGAAUUGCAUUGAAAUCAUCACGAAGCUGGUGCAGGACAAGAAGCUGGAUGUGGUGCACACACUGGACGGGAAAGAGUUCAUCACUCCUGCACAGAUCAGCAGAGAGAUCCGAGACGAACUCUACGUGCAUGGAGGGCGGAUCAACAUUGUGGACCUCCAGCAGAUUAUCAACGUGGAUUGGGUCCAUGUGGAAAGUAGAGCAAACGACAUCGUCAAGUCUGACAAAGGGGUUCAGCUCGUACUGGGACAACUUGUCGAUAAUACGUACCUGGACCGGCUGGCUGAGGAGGUGAACGACAAACUGCAGGAGGCCGGUCUGAUCAGUAUAUCAGAGCUGUGUAAGAGCUAUGACCUCCCCGGAGACUUCUUAUCCGAGGAGCUGUCAAAGCGCCUCGGGAAGCUCAUCCAGGGAGAGAUGGACCAGUACAACAGAGGGGUCAUAUUUACUCCAGCUUUUGUUGCUCGCCACAAGGCCAGGAUACGGGGGCUUUUCAGCGCCAUCACGAGACCGACCCCCGUGAGCAGCAUGAUCGGAGCGUUUGGAUUCCAGGAGCAUCUUCUCUACUCCGUCCUGGAGGAGUUGGUGAACACUGGACGCCUCAAAGGAAGUGUGGUUGGAGGUCGUCAGGACAAAGCGGUGUACAUCCCUGACAUUUACUCUAAAACACAAAACAGCUGGGUGGACUCCUUCCUGCAGCAGAACGGAUACUUAGAGUUUGAUUCGUUGGUCAGACUGGGGAUCCCGGACCCCCCCAGCUACAUCAAGAAGCGCUUCAAGGCCAACAAGCUGCUGUUCCUCCGAGCCGCCUGCGUGGGUCAGACUCUGGUGGACCAGGUGGAGGCGUCUGUGGAGGAAGCCGUCAACUCCUCCACGUGGACUGAUAUACAGCCGAUUCUGCCCAGCUGCCUUUCAGUCGAGGACGUAGGGAUACUGAUAAACCAGGCUAUGAGAAACACGAAUGUUCAGACGGCAGCCCGAGUGCUGGGAGGGACGGUGGUCGUCAGCGAGAAGUUCAUCAGCAACUGUCUGUCUGUGUUUGAUGAGGGCAUGCAGCAGAAGGCUCAGAAGGAGGUGAAGAACAAUCCAGUGUUUUUGAUAUCUGAAGACGAUCUGAAGCAGUCGUCCAUGCUGACGGAGAGCUCGGCACUUUCUAAAAAGGAGAAGAGAGAAGCAGAGCGCAGGAAGAAGGCUACAGAGGGCAGCGGCAGCGUUAAAUCAGGCGGGGGAGGAAACGCCAGGGAGUACCGGAUCCGUAAAACCAAGAAGAAAGGGAGGAAGGACGAAGACAGCGACGAGGAAACAGGACCUUCACAGCAAAAUCGCAGCAAACAGACUGCGGCCCCCUUUAGCCAGGAGGAGAUCGUCGCAGUUUUAGAGGAGAGAGUGAGCGACUGCCAAGAAAUCCUCUCAGAGCUGGCAGAGCAUUUAGUCAGGCCUCUGAAUAAAGCCUAUCAGGAGGUGCUGCGGGCCGUGUUCAUGUCCUCCAGCAGCUCUCCGUCAGGGGCCAACAAGAAGAAGAGCAUGAAGGAGCUUCAGGAGGAGAACACCAUACUAAACAACAUCCGACUCUUUGAGAAGGGGACCAAGUUCUUCCUCUG